UGUUUUGUCCGUUUUGUGCUAGUACCACAGCAGACCUAGCUAGCGAAUAGUGCCGCAGAGAAUCCGGCCCGAUUCAGUUUCCCAUCGCGUGGAGAGGGGGCGGCGUUGCCGUUACCGACCAUGUCGCAGCCGCCGGCGCCGGCGCCGCCGUAUCGGCCGUAUAGGCAGGUGCGGGAGGCGACGCCCCACAGCCGGGCGGUCUCCUGCGUGCGGUUCUCCCCCUGCGGGCGCCUCCUCGCGACAGCGUCCCUCGACGGAACGGUCGCGCUGCUCUCCCCGUCCUCGCUCUCCGUAAUCGCCGUCCUGCGCGGCCACUCCGACGGCGUCUCCGACCUGUCCUGGUCCACGGAGUCGUACUACCUCUGCUCCGCCUCCGACGACCGCACCAUCCGCAUCUGGGAUAUCCGGCCCGUCCUCGCCGGCGGCGCCCAGGCCGCCGCCGCCGACCCCGGCGCCGACCGCUGCAUCCGCGUGCUCAAGGGGCACACCAACUUCGUCUUCAGCGCCAACUUCAACCCGCAGACCAGCUCGCAGAUCGCCUCCGGGGGAUUUGACUGUACCGUGCGCAUUUGGGACGUCAAGAACGGCCGAUGCACCCGCGCCAUCGAAGCGCACUCCGAGCCCGUCACCUCCGUGCAUUUCAUUAGGGACGGAUCCAUCGUUGUAUCAGGAAGCCAUGACGGGAGCUGCAAGAUUUGGGACGCCAAGACCGGGGCUUGCCUCAAGACGGUCAUCGAUGAAAAGAAGCCCGCGGUCUCCUUCUCCAUGUUCUCGCCCAAUGGCAAGUUUAUCCUUGUCGCCAUGCUCGAUAAUUCACUGAAGCUAUGCAAUUUUGCUACCGGCAAGUUCUUGAAGGUAUACAGUGGACAUGUGAACAGACAAUACUGCAUCCAGUCUGCGUUCUCUGUUACGAAUGGGAAGUACAUUGUCAGUGGAUCAGAAGACAACUGCGUGUAUAUAUGGGACCUCCAAGGGAGAAAUAUUCUUCAGAAACUAGAAGGCCAUACAGACACUGUCAUCUCGGUAUCCUGCCAUCCAACAGAGAACAAGAUUGCUUCUGGUGGCCUAGAUAAUGAUAGGACUGUAAGAUUAUGGGUUCAAGAUAGUUGAUCAACAUGCUGGUGUGAAGUUUGCUCAGACCAGACCUAAACAGUGCUUGGCUAUCAAUGAGGAAUAUGUCUGCUUCCCAUGGAUUGCUCUUCCAGAUACGUUUACAACCUUAAUUACACAUAUCGCAAAAAAGACAUUAACCAUGAAAGCUUUGUUUUAAUCAAAUGUGUCAUCCUAAGUUGUCAACGUGGACAAAUCAGCAUUUGUCCUAAUGUUGUGAUAUGUUAUGCCCAACGGUUGUAUUCCAUUCAUAUUAGUGCUUGUAGUUUGCAAAGUUCACCCCUGUAAGAUGCAAGAUACUCUGCUGUUAGCUGUCUAGAAGGCACGUCGCUUAGAUUACUUGUUUGCUGAUGUCAAUAGAUUGGCAUUUCUGCCAAAGCUCUAGAAAGUAUAAGAGGUUUUAACAGCUAUUUGUAUCUUUCUAAAUGGUUCUUGAGUUUAUUCGCUAGUCUGAAAAAUCAUAACUGAAAAUAUUGUUUGUUGAUU